AUGGCUCCGUCAAACGAUGAGCUGACCAAAGUGUCUACCGAUGGUAUUCCAGCUCCCCGACCCACUGAAAACGCCUGUGACACUAAUCAAGCUCAAUAUAUAGGCGCGUCCGAGCUCGUCCAGACCUUUUAUCCCGCCCUCACCUCAAAUCGCGAAUCCAUUGCCUCCUUCUAUGCCCCAACUCCUUCCAAGAUCCUUUUCAAUGGCAACACGGUAGCAGACGGCGCCGCAGUCCAAGACAUUUUCGUUAACCAAAUGCCUCAUGCCCACUACGAAGUUCAAUCUUUCGACUGCCAGAUUAUCAACCAAGGCUAUCCGACUAUGACUGCUGCGGGCGUCAAGCCCCCCGCCCAGAUGACUAUUAAAGACAUGUCGAUUCUCGUUUCUGUGAGCGGCUUUGUGCGAUAUGGUGAGGGCCGCGAUCAGCCGCAGCGCGGCUUCAGCGAAACAUUUGUUCUUGUCCCCAACCCUACUCAGUCCAACGACCGGGGCAAGCGCCGACGAGACUGGUUGAUCCAGAGUCAAAACUUUCGACUUGUGGUCUGA